GUCCGAUUAGACCAGACGCUGCCACUUGCCGGGCUGAUAUGACCUGAUACGGCAAACCUCACAAGCACCACACAGUGUUGUUGACUGUUGAGUGGCAAGGUGACACGGUUAUGAAUGACAGUGUUAAGUGAUGGCGCGGAUAUCGCCUAUUGAGAUACGCAAAGAAGAAAGGUGAUGGCCCAUGUUGCUGCAGCCUUGAGGGCGGCUUGGAAAUGAUUGUUGGCAUUUGAUCUGUGAAAGCCGAGAAAAAAACGGUGACAACAGCAAGAUGUCAAUGAAGUUUUUAUUUUUUCUCUUCUGUCUUUGCGCUGCCUACCGCAUUUUUGUAGCAGUCUUUCUACAUCCUACCAGCAGCCGCAAUCCAUCAUUUCCGUCUUCGUCCGCCAUCACCAACUUUCGUUACUUGUUUACGGCUCUGGUAUUGGUCGUUACAACUGCCCUGUUGAAAUACGUCUUUGCCCACCGUCACCGACUAUCGCUGCUCGCCGUGUCGGCUCUCUCCAUUCCCGUUCUGUAUAUAUUUGUAGACUUUAUUUUCCCUAGUGCUCCACCGCCGCCGCCAGUAACGGAUGGCAGGAUAUAUUUUAUUUUUGGUGCGUAUCUGGUCCUUCUCAUCUUCACUAUCGGCCUACUCGUUUUUUGUCGUCGUUUCUGGUUUAUUACAGUUGCAUCCGCAACCCUUGUCUCUAUUUUCAUCAAUUACAUCUACUCAUGCUUUGCAGAGACUCCUCCGCCACCAUCAUAUUCCGACGCCUACUCCUCACCAUCCACAUUUUACAAUCCAAUCAGUUUGAUUUUUGCUCUCAUAUGCUGCUAUCUUCUUGGCCCUUCAUUCGCAAAAGGAUUAACACCGGAAAAGAGCAGGAGCACGGUUGAUGCCGGGGUCGGUACUGACCCGGAGGACCGCUCUGACCAGCCGGCCCGGACCCUGGCCGGAGUCCGGCAGGAGCUGCACUGCCCCGUGUGUCUGGAGCUGCUCCGGAGAGCCACCACCCUGGGCUGCGGCCACACCUUCUGCAGUGGCUGUCUGCAGAAACACCGCGAUGCUUCCUGCAGCGGGCAUGUGUGCCCGCUGUGCCGCAGACUGAUCACAGCAGAGGUGAUAUCAGUCACUAUUGAAAACGUCAUCCGUAAAAUGGAUGCUGAGAGAAGCGAUAUCGAGACUGGUGGAUAAACUCUCGUGCAGUGACAUUGUUAAUACGAUACCACCGUUGUAGAUAAUCAAGUGCUUCCUUCCAGUGACCUCAAGUGAAUGGAUAAUCAAAUGUCUUGUUGUGCACUAUCAUGAACACACUCUCAUGCAACACAUGGUUUGUUUUAGGAUAAAAUGCUUGAUCUAAACCUGUGAUUGCGCAUUAUCUCUGUGAUAGAAUCUGAAUAGUCUUUCAGUGGUGGCAUGUCAAGUCUCCCUGGCAUGGAUGCAUUGUUCAAUUUGAUGGGUGACACUUCCAGGGCUGUACCAGGGGGCGGAACUCAUUGACAUAAGAGAGGAUGGGAUACCGCUUGAGACCGAUUUUCACUCGUACAUACAUCAAGGGAGAGGAAUGAAUAAAGUCGCUCAGUCGUUUUA